CGCGUCCCCUCCGCGCGCGGCGAGGCCGAGACGUCUCCCGCGGUGACGGCGUGCGAGGCGGAGGGCCGGCGCGCUCCCAGCUCCAGGAAAGCCCCGGCGCCGCGACUGCAAGCCGGGGGCCCUCGGAGCCGCCAGGGCGCGCCGGGCCGCUCACCUUCCUGCCCCUCCCGGCAGGGAUCCCCCUGCUGCUGGCGGCCGGGACUCCGGGCCUCCUCGGGGCUCCGUCCCGAGCCCGCGCCCCGCGUCGGGGUUUCCCGGGGGUCUUCGGGAGGGGGGUGCUCCCUGCUCCUUAACCCCAGGCCAAGCGACCCCUCCCACGCCCCCUGCCCUGGCCCCAGCCCUCGCGCUCCGGACGCGCUGCCCCGCCGCUCCCUGAAAGCCGCGGGUACCGAGCCACGGCAGGCGGGCGGCGGCGGCAGACUGACAUGCCCCGGACGCGGCUGCGGCCGGCGGGCAGCCCGCGGCGGCGAUGAGCCGCGGCGGCCGGUGAGGAGCCGGGCGGCUGGGCAUCGCGCACCUUCCUCACCCCGGUCACUUGCCCACUCCGCUCAGCGGACCGAGAGGAAACGGUCUCUGGCCUGUCAGGAGGACCAUUGGUGCUGCAGUGGAAGCCAGCGGCUAAGUAUUGUGUAUGGCGUGGUUAAGGUUGCAGCCUGUCACCUCUGCCUUCCUCCAUUUUGGGCUGAUUACUUUUGUGCUCUUCCUAAAUGGUCUUCGGGCAGAGGCUGGUGGCUCAGGGGAUGUGCCCAACACAGGGCAGAACAAUGAGUCCUGUUCAGGGUCAUCGGACUGCAAGGAGGGUGUCAUCCUACCAAUAUGGUAUCCAGAGAACCCUUCCCUUGGGGACAAGAUUGCCAGAGUCAUUGUCUAUUUUGUGGCCCUGAUAUACAUGUUCCUUGGGGUGUCCAUCAUUGCUGACCGCUUCAUGGCAUCUAUUGAAGUCAUCACUUCUCAAGAGAGAGAGGUGACUAUUAAAAAGCCCAAUGGAGAGACCAGCACAACCACAAUUCGGGUCUGGAAUGAAACUGUCUCCAACCUGACCCUUAUGGCCCUGGGUUCCUCUGCCCCUGAGAUCCUCCUUUCUUUGAUUGAGGUGUGUGGUCAUGGAUUCAUUGCCGGUGAUCUGGGACCUUCUACCAUUGUAGGCAGCGCAGCCUUUAACAUGUUCAUCAUCAUCGGCAUCUGUGUCUAUGUGAUCCCUGAUGGAGAGACUCGCAAGAUCAAGCACCUGCGAGUCUUCUUUGUCACUGCUGCUUGGAGCAUCUUUGCCUACAUCUGGCUCUAUAUGAUCCUGGCAGUCUUCUCUCCUGGUGUGGUCCAGGUUUGGGAAGGCCUCCUCACUCUCUUCUUCUUUCCGGUGUGUGUCCUUCUGGCCUGGGUGGCAGAUAAGCGACUGCUCUUCUACAAAUACAUGCACAAAAAGUACCGUACAGAUAAACACCGAGGAAUUAUCAUAGAGACAGAGGGUGACCACCCCAAAGGCAUUGAGAUGGAUGGGAAAAUGAUGAAUUCCCACUUUCUAGAUGGAAACCUGGUACCUCUGGAAGGGAAGGAAGUGGAUGAGUCCCGCAGGGAGAUGAUCCGGAUUCUAAAGGAUCUGAAGCAGAAACACCCAGAGAAGGACUUAGACCAGCUAGUAGAGAUGGCCAAUUAUUAUGCUCUUUCCCACCAACAGAAGAGCCGCGCCUUCUACCGCAUCCAAGCCACCCGUAUGAUGACCGGCGCAGGAAACAUCCUGAAGAAACAUGCAGCAGAACAAGCCAAAAAGGCCUCCAGCAUGAGUGAGGUGCACACCGAUGAGCCUGAGGACUUUGUCUCCAAGGUCUUCUUCGACCCGUGCUCUUACCAGUGCCUAGAGAACUGUGGGGCUGUCCUCCUGACAGUGGUGAGGAAAGGUGGGGACACAUCCAAGACCGUGUAUGUGGACUACAAAACAGAGGAUGGUUCUGCCAACGCCGGGGCUGACUAUGAAUUCACAGAGGGCACCGUGGUUCUGAAGCCAGGAGAGACCCAGAAGGAGUUCUCUGUGGGCAUUAUCGAUGAUGACAUUUUUGAGGAGGAUGAGCACUUCUUUGUGAGGUUGAGCAGUGUCCGCGUAGAGGAGGAGCAGCCAGAGGAGGGGAUACCUCCAAACAUGCUUAAUAGUCUUCCCUUGCCUCGGGCUGUCCUGGCAUCCCCUUGUGUGGCCACCGUCACUAUCUUGGAUGAUGACCAUGCAGGCAUCUUCACUUUUGAAUGUGACACUGUUCAUGUCAGUGAGAGUAUUGGUGUCAUGGAGGUCAAGGUUCUGCGGACAUCAGGUGCCCGGGGCACAGUAAUCGUUCCCUUUAGGACAGUAGAAGGGACAGCCAAGGGUGGUGGUGAGGAUUUUGAAGACACAUAUGGGGAGCUGGAGUUCAAGAAUGAUGAAACUGUCAAAACAAUUCACAUCAAGGUAAUUGAUGAUGAGGCGUAUGAGAAAAACAAGAAUUACUUCAUUGAGAUGAUGGGCCCCCGCAUGGUGGAUAUGAGUUUUCAGAAAGCGCUCCUGUUGUCUCCAGAGGUGACAGACAGGAAGCUGACUGUGGAGGAAGAGGAAGCCAAGAGGAUAGCAGAAAUGGGAAAGCCAGUAUUGGGUGAACACCCCAAACUAGAGGUCAUCAUUGAAGAGUCCUAUGAGUUCAAGAGUACGGUGGACAAACUGAUCAAGAAGACAAACCUGGCCUUGGUUGUGGGGACCCAUUCAUGGAGGGACCAGUUCAUGGAGGCCAUCACUGUCAGUGCAGGGGACGAGGAUGAGGAUGAGUCAGGCGAGGAGAGGCUGCCUUCCUGCCUUGACUAUGUCAUGCACUUUCUGACGGUCUUCUGGAAGGUGCUGUUUGCCUGUGUGCCCCCCACAGAGUACUGCCGUGGCUGGGCCUGCUUCGUCGUCUCCAUUCUGAUCAUUGGCAUGCUCACGGCCGUCAUCGGGGACCUGGCCUCCCACUUCGGCUGCACCAUUGGCCUCAAGGACUCUGUCACAGCUGUUGUUUUUGUGGCAUUUGGCACCUCUGUGCCAGACACAUUUGCCAGCAAGGCUGCUGCCAUCCAGGACGUGUACGCAGACGCCUCCAUUGGCAACGUCACGGGCAGCAACGCUGUCAACGUCUUCCUGGGCAUUGGCUUGGCCUGGUCCGUGGCCGCCAUCUACUGGGCCCUGCAGGGACAGGAGUUCCACGUGUCCGCCGGCACCCUGGCUUUCUCCGUCACCCUCUUCACCAUCUUCGCAUUCGUCUGCAUCAGCGUGCUCUUGUACCGCCGGCGGCCGCACCUGGGCGGGGAGCUCGGGGGCCCUCGUGGCUGCAAGCUUGCCACCACGUGGCUCUUUGUGAGCCUGUGGCUCCUCUACAUACUCUUCGCCACGCUGGAGGCCUAUUGCUACAUCAAGGGGUUCUGAGCAUCAGAACACAGCCUCCGCGGGGCAGGCUUAGGACUUCUCCUAAGAGAAGGGCCCUUCCCCAGCAGGGACCGUUCCAGGGUGAGCAGCCCUGGAGAGGCAGCACCAGGAUCCAAGCCCCGGGAACCUCACCUGCCCAGGCCCUGGCAGUGAGCUGAAGGGGCAGCGUCUCACCCAGUCACACGGAAUGGAGGAGCACCCACUUUACAGGUCUUUAAUUCAAUGCAAACCAACAGCAGCACCAAAUCAACCUCCACCCCACCUUCCCGCCCAUGUCCUUGGCCACGUUCUCUUCCACCUCCGAGUAUUCCUCUGCUUCUCCUCCCCUUGGAGGCAGGGUGUCUCUUGUCUGUCAGAUGUGGUCCAUCACUGUCCUCUCUCUCAGCUGGGGAGGCGUGAACAUGGCUCACACCCACGGGGCCGGUUUGGGGUUCUCUUCUCAUCGUAAUCAUAAUUGUGGUGGCUUCUGUUUCUCCCUCUGGUUCUGGUCAUUGCUUGUCUUCUUUUCUUUCUGAAGUCAGUGACAAAGGUGCUGUGAAAGAUCUUAAGGUCUGAGCCGACAGACAGGCAUGAAUUUUCAGGCACACGCUCUCCCACUUUCCCUGGGUACCAGCUACCUCUCAGCUCCACUGAGGACUUGUCCCCGUGUCUUUUUUUUUCUUUUCUCAAAUCUUGAGAGGAUUGCUGGCGUUUGGGUGUAAGUAAGCUUGCACACCCAUGCAGAGCGAUAAAGCAUGGGGGCUGUGGCUGGAGCAGGAGGAGCUGUAUAUGCUUAUGUUUAAAACAAAAAGUUCUUGUCCUCUUCCCUGUCCAAGCCUUUCAGAUUCUGUCCAUCUCACAUGUCAAUGUCUGUAUGUUUUUCCUUCUGUGGGAAGACCCACCAAGUGGGAGAUACGAGACAAAAAUAGGAGUGGUAUGUGAUGCCCAAGGGCUGCUGGGGAAACAAGAGGGUCGAUUCUUUCUUGGGGAGCUUUUGCUUCAUAUCUGAGGCAGGAGAGAAGAGAUGCCCACCUGGUGAGCUCUCCAAGAGGAAAGAUUAUAUUUAAAAUGCCAGUGCUUCUGAGGAAUGUUGGCUUCACUACCCCUCACUCUCUGAUGCACCCCACUAAGAAGUCUGACUAUGUUUCUUGAGGUAAUACCAAAAUGGAGAAGUUUGGAAGAAAACAAGGGGCCCGUUCUCCUCUCCUGGACCCUCAGGUCUUCACAAUAUAGGAGCUGGAAUUCCUCAUCUCUCCCACAUUCCUGCUUGUUUUUAAACCUCACGAAGCUCUUUUUCCAGCCUGUGGGCUAUUUCUUGCCCCAGUAAGAGGAAUCUUAAUUGUUAUAAUCCCACGGAGCCUGGUUUAUAGAGAAAUUGCUGUGGCCUACAGACCUUUUCCCAACAAAUUUUGGAAGGACCUGGCUUUAAAACACACACACACACACACACACACACACACACACACACACACACACACGCACACGCACACACA